AUGGGUUUCACAUUCAGCACCAUGACUCUGAAUCUUCUUCUCCUAAUAGCAAUGGUAGCCACCAACAUUCUCUCACUCUACCAUCUCUCCACAACACUCCAAUCUCCCAAAUCCUCCCCCAAACCACUUCCACAAAUCCCCGACGAACUCCUCCGUCAACUUCACACCAUACGCGCCACCAUCAACCACCUCACGCGCCUCCAAGACACCAACCCCAAUCCCAACACCAAAUCCUCAAUCCCUUCAGAUCUAUUGCUAUACUCACACCUCUCUCCAAUUGCUUCUUCCUGCCACAAUCACCCUGAUCUUCUUCACAAGUACAUGACCUACACACCCUUCUCUCUUUGUCCUUCCGAUUCCGAACUUGCGGAAUCGUUAAUUCUUCGCGGUUGUCACCCUCUCCCUCGCCGUCGUUGCUUCUCUCCGACGCCGAAGAAGCAAACUCCGUCGAGUUCGUUUCCUCAUAACCCUUUCCCCUCUUCUCUCCCUGAUUCCUCUGUCAUUUGGGAUCGUUACUCAUGCAAAUCCUUCGAUUGUCUCAACCGUCAAAACCCUAAUCUCGGAUUCCAACCCUCUCGUGAAACUUCCAAGUUCACCACUUACACUUCCGACUUGGAUCUGCCCGUUCAACAGCUUCUCCAAAUCGCGAAAUCGGCUAAAUCGGUUCUCCGGCUCGGCCUCGACGUCGGUGGAGGUACAGGAUCAUUCGCCGCUGCGAUGAAACUCCGGAAUGUUACUGUGGUGACAACCACCAUGAAUGUUGUGGCGCCUUACAGCGAGGCUGUUGCGUUGAGGGGGCUUGUGCCACUUCAUGUGCCGUUGCAGCAGAGGCUGCCGAUUUUCGACGGUGUUGUGGAUAUAGUUCGGUGUGGGCGGGCGGUGAACAGGUGGAUUCCGGCGACAAUGUUGGAGUUUUUGUUGUUUGAUGUUGAUAGAGUGUUGAGAGGUGGAGGGUAUUUGUGGUUGGAUCAUUUUUUCAGUAAGGGUGUGGAUCUUGAGAAAGUUUAUGCGCCUUUGAUUGGGAAAUUGGGCUACAAGAAGGUGAAGUGGGCGACCGGGAAUAAGACGGAUGCUGGUGGUGUCAAGAAUGGGGAGCUUUACUUGACUGUGUUGUUGCAGAAGCCUCUCUCAAGAUAA